AUGUUCUCCCGCUCCAUCAUCGCCAUCACCGCCUAUGUUGCCCUCGCUUCGGCAGCGGCUCUUGACGUUUUCGUACCCAAGAUCACCAGCCCUACGGCGGCCACCGUCUGGAAGUCGGGCACCGUCGAGACUGUCACCUGGGACACCUCCAACGCUCCCGUCAACAUCUCGAACAAGGGCUCUAUCGUGCUGAGCGACGAUGGGUUCCCCAUGGACACUCUCGCUACCGGCUUCGACCUUCGCUCUGGCUCGCAAGCCGUGAACGUCCCCAAGAACCUCGCGGGUACCAACUAUACCAUCACCCUGUACGGAGACAGCGGCAACAUCUCGCCUAAGUUCCGCAUCGUGUCAUGA